GACGCACGAGUGCUGGGCUGAUGGCACUCAGCGAGGGGGAAACGGUGUCAGGAAGCGGCGAGAGGGGAGGAGAGGAGGAGAGGAUGACGCUGUAGUGGAAGGUGGGCGUGUUCUUGUUUUGAUCUAGCGCUGGGAAGCCCGGUGUCACCUGCUUCAGCGCAGACCGGCUGGGAAUGUCUUACCUGGAAAACCGCACUACUCUACCCGGCUGUCUCUCUGGUUGAGGACCAGCGAUGUGGCAAACUGUGGGGGAUUCUGUGCAUUCGGACAUCCAGAAAAAGGCGGGAGUUGAUUCUUAAAGAUCAUUUGAAAGACUGUCCGUGCAAGUGGUGUCUGAGUUGUGACAUGUUUGCUUGCGGUCUGCGGCUCCACCGCAUCAUCCUUCCCUCUCUAACAUGUGCUGAGAAAUCUGCCACCUGGAUAGGAGUUUGACGCCGUUUUCUGCCCGGGAGGGAGGAGCGUUGGGCCGGGCACCUGAUGGCCCGGAUUCCCUCGACAACGACUCGGCAACACCUGGUCCCGGGUACUCCUUCGAGCAAUGCAAUUGGACCGUACAAUGGAUGGACGUCUCUGUGGAUUUAACAGUGCACUGGAUCUCCAGCAAAGGUCAGAGUUCUGGACCCGUCAGAGGAAGACAGAAGCUAUAUUGGUCCCUUUGGGAGCACUUGAAGAAUGAUGAGCUCCAAGGAAGAGGAAACUCUCCGCUUUUUCCAGUAUGUGGAGGAGAAUGGGCUGAGAGCCUACAACGGCCUCGUGGCUCAGAACCUGGACCACGCCAGGAAUGAGAAAAAUAGGAUAUUCCUGCAGGAGAAAAACGACAAGAAGAGAAAACAAGAGGAAGCCAUAAGAAGGACCGGGGAGGACAUAGCAACAGAAGGCAAGCACUUACGUAUGGGCUCCAUCAGCAUGCCGGACCCCCAGGAACGUAUGCCCAUGCACCAUCCGCACGCCUUGGCCUGCGGGCAGGGCUUCUCCGUGCGCUCCCAGUCCCUUCACUCUGUCGGCGGCGGCAACGGCGGGGGUGGAGAGGAGGAGGUGGGGAGUCCCACGUCGAGGAAGCAGCCCCCUCCUAAGCCCAGGAGGGAUCCGGCCACCAAGCUCAGUAUGUCGUCUGAGGCAGUGGACCACAGUCCUGGGUCCACCUGUCGUGGGGACAGAUGUGACGCACAAGAAUGCAGCGAGGACUGCAGGAGGGUUCCACCACCCAAACCCAAGAGGAACCCCAACACACAACUCAGCGUCUCCUUCGACGAAUCCUACAUGAAAACCCACGGCUGCCCAGCCAGACUGCUUCAACACGUGGGCCCGGCGUACGAGCGCAACAGCUCUCCGCCGCAGAGCGACGAGAGCCCCACGGACGACUGUGAGGACGAGCCGGUCUACAUCGAGAUGGGCGGCAUCGAUGUCGGGGCCAGGGAACUCUGCAAGAGCGAGGACGAGGAGCCCGGGGAAUCGGUGUAUGAGGAGAUGAAGUACCCCAUGCUGGAUGAUAUGGAGUACCGUACCGACCCGGUGGGAUGUCGUUCUGCGUGCCCUACGCCGGCCCCAUAUGACCCGGAACCUCUCAGUCGAUGCUCCACCCCUAGAAACAUUCCCUUCUGUGACAUUCCUGCACCCUUUCCAAAUUUACUUACCCACAGGCCUCCGUUGUUGGUGUUCCCCCCGGCACCGGCCCAGUGCUCACCCAACUCGGACGAGUCCCCCCUAACCCCUCUAGAUGUUACCAAAUUGCCAAUGAUGGACAACCCCUCGUCCUACAGCAAAUCCCCAACGUCCUCGGCCGAGCCCCCCUCCUCUGCACACCUGCGCAGGGAGCUCACCGCCACCCCGACCCUCACCAUCUCCGGGCGCUCCUCCGCACCUCCGCUGCCAUGCACGCUCUACAAAACAUCGUCCUCGUCCUCCUAUCAGCGCAGCCACUCGGCGUGCCCGUCUCCAGUCAGCAUGGGCCGCUGUCUCACGCCGCUGAGCCUCAUGCGCACGCCACCGUUUGACGCCACGGCGCCAUUCCCGGGGGGGCUGCCGAGGAGCGCCUCGGCCACCCCUCACGGCAAAGGGUCACCGCCGCAUGACGGCGCGGGUAGACUCCACGGCUCCAUGCAGAACGUGUCGACGGGACGUUCACGGACGCCGACCAGCCCACUGGACGAGCUGACCAACCUGUUCACCACCGGGAGGAACAUGCUGAAGAAGAACGCCAGUGGGAGAAAGUCCAAAGAGCCUGGAGAGACCGAGGUCAAAAGUAAGUCACACAGUGAGUCCAAGCGUGAAGGCAAGGAGCGCCACAGUCACAGCCACAGCAAGGAAUCCAAGCGAGAGUCCAAAGAGCGCCACAGCAAAGAGUCGUCUCAUCGCAGAGACAGAGACAAAGAUAGAGACAAAGACAGAGACAAAGACAGAGAUAAAGACAGAGAAAAAGACAGAAACAAAGACAGAGACAAAGAUAAAGACAAAGACAGAGACAAAGACAGAAACAAAGACAGAGACAGAGACAAAGACAGAGACAGAUCCAGCAAUGUGGAAUCACUGUCUCACAGGCGUAACAGCAAAGACCGCAGUGCCAUAGACACACCACCUGUCCGCAAGGACAGCAGGGACCAAGGCUACAGCAGCGUUGAGCCCAUUCCUACGAGAAGGGAUUCCAAAGAGCGGAGCUGCAGCUCUGUGGAACCCAUCCCGUUAAUACAAAGAGACUCAAAAGAAAGAGGGAUCAGCAAUGGAGACCUGCUGCCGAGACGAGACAGCAAGGACCGGGGUGGCGGACACGGAAUGGAGUGUUUGCUGAAACAGGACAGCAAAGACAGACUGCUAGAUCAGCCACCUGAACUGUUUCCAAGACAGGACAGCAAAGAGGGCGCUAGGAAUGGUGUAGACUGCAGACAUGAAAGCAGAGAGAGACUGAUGGAUCAUCCGCCAGAGCUCUUACCUCGACAGGAUAGCAAAGAGCGAGUCAGGAACGGGAUGGACUCGAAGCAUGAAAGCAGAGACAAGCCCACUGAGCUUCUCCCCAGACAGGAGGGCAAAGACAGGGCUAGAACUAGUGCAGAAUACAGACAUGACAGCAAGGACUAUCGACCUGAUUUGUUACCUCGACAGGACAGCAAGGAGAGGGCAAGGAACGACAUGGAACACAGACAUGAGGGCAGAAUAGACCAGCCUCCUGAAAUCCUCCCCCGACAAGAAACAUCUAGAAACAGCAAAGACAGGGUGGGAUACGCCUCAGAAUCCAAGCACGAGGGGAGAGAUCGAAGCAUCCACAACGGAGGAGACCUCCCUCCGCCUCUUUUACCCAGGCAGGACAGUAAAGAUCUGAGCCGAACUGGCCUUGAAGUGAGACGAGACAGCAAAGACAGAAGUCUCAAUGGCUCAGAUUAUCAGCACCAAUAUGACGGGAAAACCACCAAGAGCCCUACGACCAUGGAGUACAGGUACAGACCGGACGGAACGCCGCGACGGGAGAACAGAGCCAAUCACAACAUGGACCCAUCAAAAGCACAUGAGAGAAACGGGAGCACAGUGUCGAGUCAGCAUUCAUCCACCACCACACCUACUCACAACAGCAGAUUGACUGGCAGCCCCCCAAUGACUGUGGGGAGCGGAAACGAUGUGAAAGCAACACCUAAAUACGCCCGCUCACCUUCCAUGCCCGCCAACCCUUCCCCGAUGGGGACGCCGCAAAGGAAAGCAGCAGAGACUCACCAGAGCCAGAUGCCCCAAAUGCCAUGGGUAUGUGGCGACAGUACCAUGCUGGAGCAGAUCGAGAGGAAACGUACGCUCUGCAAAGAAAUCCGCUCCAGACAACAUCCGCACCUGCAGAGAUAUCUGGAGAGGCCUCCUACAGACCGGAGCGAGGACAAGCAGCCCGAGCGGAGUCAAUGCAAGCAAGAGAGCGCCUCGGUCCUCCCCGCUUGUGGGAAAAGAAGCGGGGUGAAAAAGAUCCGUCCUCCCCCUUACCCGACACAGACAACCGUCUUCUGGGACACUGCUAUCUGACUGCAUCUGCCACGCACAAAUCCCAGAAUUAAGCCCCUCCUUCUCCCUGCGGAUUAGAGCACCGUGAGGGGCUUGAUGCUCGCUUACCAUAGCAAUAUUUCUGCCUGUUCAGGUUGUCAUGUUUUCUUAUCAUCACUGGUAUGAUAUUUGAUAUUUUUCUAUUUUCUUGUGGCUGGAUACUUGUAAUAUAACUAGUAGAGUAGAUAUUUGAUGAAUAGAUAUUUUCUAAAUCAGAUGAAAAAGUAUCCUAAAUGAUGUACAGUAGAUGUAGAUGCAAUCUAAUGUUUCUUUAGCUUCAUUUAUGUUUCUAUUGGUUACUUUGAGCUGGACGCAUAAUCAAUGAAUACUGGUACUGUUGUAGCAUCAUUUUCUUAUGCCCAACUCUUUUUUUUUUUCGUGCGUGUGCUUACUGGCACUAAAAUGAAUGGACUCUUCACUUUUGUCUGCAUUUGUUUGACAUUUUCACUGUUGUAUUGAAAGUUUAGAAAGUGGGAUGGGUAUAGGCCAUUGAAGAAGAAAUUGAUAGUCACGGUAAAAUGGAGUGCACUACCUGGCUGCAACCAGCAGAGGCACUGUCAAUAUCAUACAAUAGGUUGUAUUCAGUCACAUGACUUUAGAACGGAAAUGAACGAAUUGGUGGGCCACCAAACCAACAUGGCUGACCCUGCAACCGGUUUGCACACUGCAACAAUGUGCAAACUAUUUAAGAAUGCAAGGGGCCUAGUUCUUACCACUUAAAAUCAAACUAUGCAAUAGAAUUGAUCCCUGUACGUUAUCAAUAAAAGAUGUGUCAAGUACCCAGACACGUCCAACUAUCUGGCGCUCCAGACGUCAUUCGACACAGUGGAAACAGAUGAAAGAAGCCUACAACUUCUUCUGUGGUUAGGUCAAGGAAACUGGUAUCAAGACUCUCGCAUAAAUCAAGCAUUGUUGUUGCUUGGAUAACGUUGCAUUUCAUGAUUUAACUUUUCUUCUUGUGAGGCCGUGUCCUUGUAAACAAACUGCGAGUAGCACACCAUUGCCUGAAUCUACUGUUUUUCAUUUUCCCAUUAUCUUAACCACUCAUAAAGGUAAUCGGAGAAACCACUUUUUGGGGAAUUUUGCCUAUCGUUCACAAUCAUUAUGAGAAACAAGAAGACAAGAGUUAUAAAAAAUUAAAAUCAGAGAGUUUUGAAAUUGUUUCAGAGGCUACAACGGUGACUCUCAUUAGCCGCAUCUUUCAAGCGUUUUUUUUAUCAUCUUUAAAAUCUUUAAAAAAAAACCUGUCAUAAUGAUUGUGACCAAUAGGCAAAAUUCCAAACAGGAGCAGUUCCCCUUUAAGACAUGGCGGGUUGUACAUGAGACCGACAAGUAAUCAUAACUAACUGUAACUGCAUGGCCCGAUAAGUUUUGGCCAUGUUGUCUUGUUGUUGUUGCACGCCUCGUUACGAGUACCCGUGGUUUUCCCCGUCUUUAUCACAAUAUAACAAGAUGUCAACAUUGUGUAUCAGCUGAAAGCUUCAUUUAUGAUUGCUGCCUUUGGUAAAAGCUGAAAAUUUUUAGGUUUUGCUCACACUUGCUUUCUUUUAUUAAAACUUCCCAAAAGACUCAUAGCAAAAAUGCAUUCUAAGAACUCUGAAACAAGAUCAAAUACAAAUAAUAUCAGGACAAUACUGAAACGGGAAACACUUAAUGUUAAAAGUACAUCAAGCAAACAUUCAAUCACUGCAAACUUUCUUGGACUUGCACUGGUGUGAUAUCUUCGAGAGCCACUUUUCUCCUCGUCGUUUCGUAAAAUCUUGACAUUUUUCGACCUUCUUGAUCAGCUCUUGAGGAGCUAUGAAGAAACGUCUCCUUUUCGCGAUUUCAACAGUUCCAACAGCCUAAAACAACGCACGCACAGGGCAUUUUUCUUGGAGAAAAGCAAAAGGCUUUGACAAGAGACCCACACUGGCCCACCACUUCGAGACUCGCAUAUUUAAUGACAUCAGGUGAAUGCAACCUAUUCAAUAAAAGUACAAAUAAGGCUUCAGCUAGUAAUCGAAUAAAUCAGUUUGAUUAGAUAAAAGCUUCAGUUAAUAUUAUGUUGUUUUGAUUAAAUGUUUACUAAGUGUAACUGUCAACAAUGUGCAAAAUUCGGAACUUUAAAUGAGCGGACAUAGUUUUUCCCCAAUGCAAUAGAGUGGAUGAAUUGAUAUUUGCCCAUAGUUGAUCAAUGCCAUUAAACCAACUGCCCAUCCCUGAUUGAGUUCUCUCCAGCAUGUUCUAGAAUGUACAACAGUCAGAGCUAGGACACAAGCAGGAAUCUGUGUGCGCUUCAGUUUGUGUAUUACGGUAACACAUCACUUUGCCUUUUUCAAAAGAAAUCUGGAGUGUAGUAAUGGGGUGGGGGGGCAGAGAAAGUGUAUGUUUCUGUUGUAUUUAAUGGCGCCAAGUCCGCCAACGCAGAUGUGUCUGGUAGCAAAUUAGAAUAUUUACAUUAUUAACAGUAUAGUUUCCAAAACCAGCCAAAGCCUGUUGAAAACUGUGUGGUUGCACUUUUGGGUGGUUGCUUCUUUGAAAUAUUUGGGGUUUGGUGGCAAUAGCUGGUUGGUUGAACGCCGGCGCCUUUACUUUGCCACGCACACCGCAAGCACCAGGACAAGGUGUAAAUACUUGAUGCCAACUACCAGCCUGUACAAUCAACACCUGAGCUUUUAGGACAUUUCCGGAUUUUCCUGCAGAUUAUAAUAGCCAUAUGCACGUGCUUAAUAAGAAAUACCUUUCAAGACGAUGCUUAUAUACAGUAUAUAUUUUUGAAAACAGUUGCGAGCUGUGCCAUGUUAAGUUUUAUUUGGAGGUUAAGUUUUAAACAAAAAAACAGACUAUUUCAGGAUUGGCUGUGAUGUUACAUGCAGUCCUUUGUCAAUUGGGCUGUGAACAAAGAUCUAGGACCUAUAGCAUAGCGACACCUCAAACGAAUAGAAACAAAGGACAGGGGCCUCGAAGUUGUUUUGUAAAGAAAAGUGCACUACUCAUCAUGUUCCAUCACACCUAAUCAGGCUGGUAACAAUGUCCCACCCCUCCCUCGGCUCUCUCCCUCUACCUCAACCUGCUUACGUCAUCUCCAUUGGACCCCUCUUGCACAUGAAAAUGCAAUGUCCUCAUUGCCAAAUGGUGUGGGUUUGACAAGUGCAGUAACCAUAUCCUCUGGUGAGAAUCAAUGCUACCGUGUUGUAUCAGUGUGUGUGUGUGUGUGUGUGUGUGUGUGUGUGUGUGUGUGUGUGUGUGUGUGUGUGUGUGUGUGUGUGUGUGUGUGUGUGUGUGUGUGUGUGUGUGUGUGUGUGUGUGUGUGUGUGAGGGAGAGAGCUCCGCGUUUGUGCGUGCCUAGCGACACUGUAUGCAAGUCGAUUCUUCUAUUGGAAAAAAAAAAAAAGAUACAAAAAAAAAGAUUGUUUUCAUGAUGUUGGCUUUGCCCAAAAGUCCCCAUGAUAUUGCGGGGGAGGCUGUGGAUGAAGUUUGGAAAUGUAACAAUGAUGAUGUACAAUCUUGUGUAAGUAUAAACGUGCACUGUGAAAAGGUAGGGAGAGCACCGCACCGUCAGAGUCCUCUGUCUUAUUGCACUCAGUGUUCUCUUGUUUCUGCGUAUUUUGAAGAAAAAGGGAGAAAACCAUGUUUGGGGAAAAAAGUACUGUAUUCUGAUUGUCACUUGGGUUUGUUAAGAGAACUAAAUAAAUAUGAACUUGAAACCUGCCGUGGAAUAAAUCUGUGUAAUGAUUAAUAGAUUCUACUGUAUUGGAAGCAGCCGUAUAAUUUAGAAU